CGGCGACGUCGGAGAUGGUAGCAUUAGGGGCGCACUUCACGAAGUCUGGGAAGAAAUUCACCAUGAUAAUUCCGCCAUUUUCUUUCAGAGAGUGGAUGAUGUCAUCAGGAACGUUGCGUUUGUGGUUGCAGAGGCUGUAGACGGAAGAGUGAGUGAAGACUACGGGAGCCCGGGACAAUCGGAUAGCAGCCCUGGUGGUGUUCUCACCCACGUGGGACAGGUCCACGAUCAUACCCAGCCUGUUCAUCUCGCGCACCACUUUCUCUCCGAAUUCGGUCAGUCCAUUGGCCACGGGCGCUUCGUUCGAUGAGUCGGCCCAUGGAGUAUUGCAAGUGUGGGUGAGGGUCAUGUACCGCACUCCCAACUGGUAAUAGGAUCGUAGCACUCCCAACGAGUUGGCGAUGGAGUGACCUCCCUCAAUGCCGAUGAGUGAAGCGAUCUUGCGAGGACGAGCGCUGUGGGCCUCCAGAAUAUCUGUGACCGAUGUUGCGAACUGCAGGUGCUGCGGGUACUUUUCCACGAGGCGUUUGAUCACGUCGAUUUGUUCCAGAGUCAGCUGCACCGCGUCUUUGUUCUGCGUAGCGCACGGGACGAACGCCGACCAAAACUGCGCUCCCACCAUUCCAGUUUUCAGCCUGGGCAGGUCAGUGUGUGAGUACUUGGAGAUGGACCAUGGUUCAACCACCGUCAGGUCGGUAUUUAGCUCGAACUCGUUGAUCUGGUUCCGCAAGAACUUUCUGAUGUUCCAUGGUAAGUCGUUGUGGCCAUCAGUUAGGGGUACUUCUUCCAGUAUUUGCUUCGCGAUCUCCAGCCGCUCGCGGUCAUAGGAGGCGGCAGCCACCACAGCGAUGAUCG